AUGGGAGUUCUAAGAACACUUCCUUUGACCCCUCCACACGGCAAGUUCCCUUCAAAUUUUGGAGUUGCAGAGAGCUUAUCAAACCGUGGCGGGUUCAUCAGCAAGAGCUCUCAGUUUAGGGUCUUAGCCAAAACAGAGAAGGGUGAGAAAGGUGACAAGGAAGAACCCAAGAAAACCAAGCAGUCAUUGUUUAGCAGUGUGACAGAAGCACUUGAUUUUUCUCAAACCAGGUCUGCAGAGGACGCUCUGCUUAUUGAAGAUGCUAGAGAGGCCACCAAGUCCGGAGAGAAAAUGUCCAGGGAACAGUAUGGGGCUCUGAGAAGGAAAAUUGGAGGAACAUACAAGGAUUUCUUCAAAUCUUAUGUUGAUGUGGAUGGGCAAUAUGUGGAAGAGGGCUGGGUGGACAAAACGUGCAAGGUUUGCAAGAAAGAUACAGGGGGUGAGCCAAGGCAAGUGGACAAACUUGGAAGAUACGUUCAUGUGGCGUGUAUGGAGAAAUCAAAAUCUGGCAACUUUUUUACCAGACUUUUCUCAGGAUGA